AUGCGGUUAUCAGUAUACCUAUUGAUUGUUCUUAAUAUAACUGGAACUUUAUUACAAAGAUUUAAUAUCUUGGAUUUCUGGACAAAUUUAUUUAGACCACUACCCCGCGUCGAAAAAGAAGGAUUUGUACCUGAUUACACACCUAAAGAAGGUCAAGAAUAUGACUUUAUUGUAAUAGGUGCUGGUUCAGCUGGAUGCGUUGUAGCUAAUCGCUUAUCAGAAAUACCACUUUGGAAAGUGUUACUCUUGGAAGCUGGCGGUAAUGAGAACUUCUUUUCCGAUAUUCCAAUAUUUGCUCCUUUCUUAUCAAUCACACCUAUGAAUUGGGGAUACACUUCUGAUCCAGAAGAAAAGGCGUGUCGAGAUCUCAGAGGAAAAGUCUGCUACAUGCCCCGUGGUAAGGUUCUUGGUGGUAGCAGUGUUCUUAAUUUCUUAAUAUAUCAACGAGGUCAUCCCGAAGAUUACAACGAUUGGGCCCGAAUGGGUAAUGAAGGUUGGAGCUACAAAGAAAUAUUACCAUAUUUCAAGAAGUCUGAAAACAUGAAAAUAAGUUAUUUAAAUAACUCAAUAUUUCAUGGUGUGGGAGGUUAUCUAGAUAUUGAUUAUGGAACUUAUUCGACACCACUCAAUGAUGCAUUUAAAAAGGCAGGUGAAGAACUUGGUUACGAAUGGAAUGACCCUAAUGGAGAAAAAGUAAUCGGUUUUUCUAAACCUCAGGCAACUAUAAGGAAUGGUAGACGAUGUAGCACGUCAAAAGCCUUUUUGGAACCAGUCCGAUUUAGAAGAAAUCUCAGAGUAUCGAAGUACACAACUGUAACAAAAAUUUUAAUUGAUUCUAUAACUAACGUAGCAAAAGGAGUGGAAUUUAUAAAAAAUGGGAAAAGAAAAAGAAUAUUUGCUAGAAAAGAAGUUAUUUUGUCGGCUGGUACUUUUGGUUCAGCACAAUUGUUGAUGUUAUCUGGCGUAGGCCCUGAGGAACACUUAAAACAACUUGGAAUUAACACCAUAGUAAAUUUACCUGUUGGCUACAACCUACAAGAUCACGUAACAUUUUCCGGAAACGCGUUCAUUGUCAAUACAACAAAUUUAUGUGUUAACGAUCUUAUGGCGGCAUCGCCAACGUCUGCAGCGCUGUACAUGAUAGGUCAAGGGCCGCUGACUAUCCCUGGGGGUGCAGCUGGGUUAGCGUUCACCCAAACAAAGUAUGGAAAAGGCCUCGCAGAGGGCCGACCAGACAUAGAGCUCGUAAUGGGUGCUGGUUCACUAGCUGGCGAUUUAUUCGGAAUAAUACGAUCUAUGCUAGGUGUAACGGAUCAAUGGUACAAAGAAGUUUAUGGUUCACUAUCACUUCGAGACCGUCAAAAUUCCUUCGCAUUAAAUCCGAUUCUCAUUCGGCCUCGUAGCGUUGGACGUUUAACGCUACAUUCCGCAAACUUCACAGAUCAACCGAAAAUAAAUCCUAACUAUUUCAACCAUCCUGAAGAUUUACAAUCAUUAAAGGAAGGAGUUCGGUUUGCACAAAAAAUAAUUAACACCAAAGCAUUUCAACGUUAUGGCACAAGAUUACAUGAUACGCCCUUCCCUAACUGUAAAGAUUAUCGCUUCGAUUCCGAAGAAUAUUGGGAAUGUGCUAUAAUGCAAACUUCGAUUACGUUGGAUCAUCAGGUGGGUACGUGCAAAAUGGGACCUUCAACUGAUCCAACAUCAGUAGUUUCUGCUCGAUUACUAGUACAUGGUGUCAAGGGACUGCGAGUUGUGGAUGCGUCAAUUAUACCACGCAUACCAGCAUCACACACCCACGCCCCUGUGGUCAUGAUAGCAGAAAAAGCUUCAGACCUUAUUAAACAAGACUGGAACAUGCCGAUAGAAUCUAUACGCUGAUUGGUGUCCUAUAUCAAAUUAAAAUCCAAAGAGUAAAACUUUAGUUGAUUGAAUAGGCUAUGAUUGUUAAUUACAUUAUAUAUUAUUUAA